GCGUUAAGAAGCACAAGUUACCAAAAAAGAACAAGUGGGUAUUCCUGAAAAAACAAGUAGAAACAUGGGUUCGAAGGUAGAAUUUCUGGCAGUUAUAGUAGUGUGUUCCUUAUUCGUUAUUGCUCCUCACGUAUAUGCAAAGAUAUCGUGUGAGCAAGUGACGAUGUUAUUGACCCCAUGCAUACCUUACGCUGUGUUUGGAGGAGACGUACCACCAGCUUGUUGUUCAGGAAUCAAAGAAUCGCUUGCACUUGUUAAAACCACCGAAGAUUUAAGGCUUAAAUGCGAAUGCGUCAAAGAAGGCGCUGCCGGAAUCCCCGGCCUCAAUUACACACGAGUUAAUGAGCUUCCGGCCAAAUGUGGAACCACUUCUCCAUACUUAGUCAGCCCCAACACUGACUGCUCCAAGCUCAAAGGAUAAUUUAUAGGAGUUUGCAGAAUGAAGAUGAAGGGAGAAGGGUAGGGAGUAAUGAAAAGCUAGAGUUUAUUAUCUAGUUCUAUUAGUAUUUAACUAAUACACACAGAAUAAAAGGCCAGUCCUUAUAGUGUUGUUGUAUCAAUCAAAUGAUACUUUUACAAUUAAAUAAUGCUAUAUAUUAUAUCAGAGAUUAAAAUUAUAUAAUAUUUCAUGUUACCAUGUUU